AUGGCUUCUGGAAACUGUUCCUUCGUGACUGAAUUUAUCCUGCUGGGGUUAACAGACCAACCAGAUCUCCAACUCCCCCUGUUCUUCCUGUUUCUAGUAAUGUAUAUGGUCACUGUGUUGGGAAAUUUGGGCUUGAUAACUCUAACUGGGCUAAAUUCACGCUUACACACCCCCAUGUACUUUUUCCUCCUUAACCUGUCCUUCGUAGACUUCUGCUAUUCCUCAGUAUUUACACCAAAAAUGCUGAUGGAUUUCUUAUCAAAGAAGAAUAUUAUCUCCUAUCUGGGGUGUAUGAGCUAACUCUUCUUUUUCUGUUUUUUUGCCAUUUCUGAAGGUUAUGUGCUGACAUCAAUGGCCUAUGAUCGCUAUGUGGCUAUCUGUAAUCCACUUUUGUAUAAUAUUGCCAUGUCCCCUAAAGUGUGUUCCAGCCUUAUGCUUGGUUCAUACUUGAUGGCAUUUUCUGGUGCCACAGCCCACACCGGAUGCAUGCUGAGACUGACCUUCUGUGAUGCAAAUACUAUUAACCAUUAUUUCUGUGACAUCCUCCCAGUUCUCCAGCUCUCCUGCACCAGCACCUACGUCAAUGAGCUGGUAGUAUUUAUUGUGGUGGGCAUCAACAUCAUUGUGCCCAGUCUCACCAUCUUUGUCUCUUAUGGUUUCAUCCUCUCCACCAUCCUCCACAUCAGCUCCAUGGAGGGCAGGUCCAAAGCCUUCAGCACCUGCAGUUCCCACAUAAUUGCUGUUUCUCUCUUUUUUGGAUCAUGCGCAUUUAUGUAUCUCAAACCAUCUUCUGCUAUGUCUAUGGAUGAGGGAAAAAUCUCUUCUGUUUUUUACACCAAUGUGGUUCCUAUGGCAAAUCCUUUAAUAUACAGUUUGAGGAACAAAGAUGUUAAAAUUGCUCUGAGAAAAAUCCUGAGGAAGAGAACAUUUUGA